AUGGCCUCCAACGCCCCCAAUGUCCGGCAGGCGCGCUACGUCCCCGCGAUCCUCGAACUGAUCCGUGAGCUCGCCGACUACGAGCACGCGUUAGACAGCGUCGAAGCGACCGAAGCCAAACUCCUCGAGACCAUCGCCUUUGCGCCCUCGGACCCGUCUUCCACCACUGCCACCGGUGUUCUUCCCCAGACAGAGCCCACAUCACCCUCCAAACCAGCGCGCUGUUUGGUGCUCACGACGCCGGCGGGCGUUGUCGCCGGCAUGGCCUUGUAUUUCUACAACUACAGCACCUGGCGCGCGCGGCCGGGCAUCUACCUCGAGGACCUGUACGUCAAGCAGAGUGAACGCAAGAAAGGUUACGGCAAGCGGCUGCUGGUCGAGCUGGCCAAGGAAGUGGUGGCUAUGCGCGGUGGUCGGCUCGAGUGGGUGGUGUUGAAGUGGAACGAGCCCUCCAUCCAGUUUUACGAGAGCAUCGGCGCUAAGCAAAUGAGCGAGUGGGUGGGCAUGCGGGUGGACGGGGAGGCGCUGAACAAGCUGGCGACCAUGCUGGACUAA